GGGGUCCUAGUUCGAUGGCAUUUUGAUGGAAACAAUUUAGUGGAAUUAAAUGACUUGUUGACGAGAUUAAAACUGCCUGCAUGUAAUAUUGUAGUGAAAAUGUGGUGUACGAACAGUAAUUAGACGUUUUCUACGGGUGGAGACCGUUAUUUUGUGAUACAAAGAUGUAUUUUCAGUACACGUUAGGAGCCAUUUUUAUUGUAUUUAUUUUGUGCGUUCAUUGUGAUAAUGCUGGUAUUAACAACGAAAUAUUGGAGAUUUACGUUCCGUCCGCUCCGCAAAACCUCACAGCGAAUAGAGUUAUAUCAGACGAAAUACAUCUGUCAUGGGCCCCGCCAUCCACAUACACAGUACACAUUCUGGAUUCCACCGUAGAUCGAGGCACAAAACACGACGAGUUGCAAGUCAUACCCAGAACUCAAGCUGAUGCCCCAAUAGAAGAGCCACAACCGGAAAAACUCAAAGACUAUGCAUACACACUAUACAACAACGAUAGGCUCAAAUACAACGAUGACUUUGCAUCGGACGACUAUAGAAGUAAGAGAGACUUAAGAUCACACAGACACAGAAAGCGAAGGCAGGAUAACGUGACGCAUGAGAAAAUUGAGGUUGAAACCCACCAAGCGUUCGAAUUGCCAAUCGAAGUUGUCAAGAAAUCACCUCCGGCUAAAAUUGAUAUAACUCAAAUAGCGUACGUCCUGUACUACGAAGAAGGUGUAGCCAUUCGGAAAGGAUCCAGCGAUUCGAUAUUCGUAGCUGGUGUUCCGACUUCGGAUGAGAUUAAGGAACGGAAUGUCUUUAGAAGCGAUCUCGGUAUGGAGGAUUAUUUGAACGCGACAAAGAAUCUUACGCUUUUGAAUACGUCCGGUGUUCCCACUAAAGUUGUUGGGUUUCGAUUGAAGAAUUUGAAGGCCUUCACUCCAUAUAAAAUAUGGGUCCGUGCAUUCUACAACUUUCAACUGACUGGAGUCAAGUCACAAGAUCUCCUUCAACGCUUGGGUCCCCAGUCGAGUCCGCUGUACGUCCUAUCUGAUGUGAAUCCACCUUCAGCGCCCAUUAUACUAAAUCUAACGUGUGAUUUACCAAAUGGUAUACUAUAUCUUCAAUGGCGUCAACCCCUGGAGUACAAUAACUCCCUAGAUCUGUAUGUGGUGACCCUCAGGAAGUUACCUGAGCAACAGCCUCGCACAAGACUCAAGUUACCCACCAACAAGGAUGAUAUUGAGACCACAAUCAGUGUUAACGUUCAGCUGUGGAACGUAACACAGUACGAAGUGAAAAUCUACGCGGUGACGCUGUCAGUCGCACGUCCGGACACAUUCAUCAAUGGCACUGAAUCACCGCCAGAGCAAGUAUCGAGUGAGUGGUGUACCGCCCAUUCUGAAGCAAUGUCUCCCGAGGUGGGAAAGGCUAUGCGCGGGGCUAAUGCGUCCGUGGCACUACUUGCAGCCUCCCUUAUGACUGUGGUAGCUGCCGCUACUGCUGGCGUGCUUUAUUGGAGAUGCAGAACUCGUCUCAGCAAAUGCAUAAGUGCUGCUUACAACUACUUGGAGGAAGGGGGCGAAAGGGCAGCUCGGGCUCCACUCAAUACUUAUAAAAAACCAGUAUCCCGUUCGUCCCCUCCGACAGGGAACAACACGGGCACCGGGACCACGGCAGAGAGCGUAUGCGGUCGUCCGCCUCGAAUGGCGGGCGCACAUUGUCCCUUAGUGCGUGCACAGCAUUUCCCCAGUCACGUGGCCUCGUUACAUGCCGAUGGAGAUAUCGGGUUUAGUAAGGAGUAUGAGGUCGUGGUAGCUAAAUCCGCGGCUUUAGGCCACACUAGUCAUCACAGCUACAGACCAGAAAACAGACUCAAAAAUAGAUAUUUGAACAUCACAGCCUACGACCAUUCCCGCGUAUGCGUGUCGGCCGGCGGGCGUUGUGGCGCGGCGGGGUGCGCGGGCGCAGGUCGCGGAGCUGCUUGCGAUUACGUCAACGCCAACUUCAUCGAUGGUAUAUUGCCUCAAUUGGACGAAGACACAAUAAGGCGGAUCGAACGACGUCUGGAGAAGCGGAAUAGGCCCACCAGACAACCUUCAGUAAAAGCAUCAAAACCACCACCGAACCUGGCAGAGGGAAUCGAGUCCGCCUUCCUAAAUAUCGAGUUCUCAGGCAUUGUGGAGUCUGACGAUCAAAGGGACUCCGACUCGGAGACCAGCGAUGAUGAUGAACAACUAGAUGAUGUGUUUGUUAAUAUAAAUGGCGCAAUCCGACAAAUAAAGCUGGAGUGGGUCGUAUGGAAGCGGCGCUACAUCGCUACUCAAGGGCCGACUCCGGCCACUCUGGACGCCUUUUGGAGGAUGAUAUGGCAGCACAAAGUCAGAACUCUGGUUAUGAUUACGAAUCUCGUUGAAAGGGGCAGGCGAAAGUGCGAUAUGUACUGGCCAUCCGGGGGUAGAGGAAGUUCGGCAGAGUUCGGAGGCGUGCACGUUACGCUUCUGUAUGAGGACGUACGCGCCGCUUAUACCAUACGGCACUUGCGAGCAACGCCCGUGGUAACCGAGCCGGGAGCGGAAGACAGUCCGGACAGACAGAGACACAUAGUGCAGUACCAUUACACGGUGUGGCCAGACCACGGUACGCCGAGACACCCGCUGGCCGUUUUGCCAUUCGUUAAGGCCGCCGCCGAUCCGCACACGGUGCUAGUCCAUUGCAGCGCGGGCGUGGGCCGAACGGGCACGUACAUAGUCAUAGACGCACAAUUGAACCAAUUGAAGCUAACGGGAACUCUGUCCCCGCUGGGCUUCCUCUGCCGCGCACGCACGCAACGAAACCAUCUCGUACAAACGGAGGAACAGUACGUAUUCGUGCACGACGCGCUCCUGGAGUACGUCCGGUCAGGCGACACCGAAGUCGAAUUCUCAAAAGCCAGGGAAUAUCUCAUCAAACUCCUGGAACCCAUAUCGGACGAGGAACUGGCGGUUAUGGAUCUAAAUUCGACUAAAACCAAGAGCGUCCACGAUCUGACCGUGGAGAACGACGUCACCAGCGUCAAGUCGAAUAGUGAAAAUAAGACAGAAGUUUUAGAGAAUGGCAGCGAAAUGUCUCUGAAAACUGACGAAAUCAGCGAGCCUAGUAAAUCGUCAGACGGCCAGGAGAAGGAGGUGCUGGUGAACGGGGACGAAAGCGAGGGAGUGUACGACUUGGCCCCUCGAUCCACGGACACGUAUAGUAAGAAAAUGGCGGCUUACAAUAGUAUGAGUGAGGAAGAGAAGGAAGAGAUUAGAAGGGCGAAUCGAGUGGAAAACUAUGCACUGUUGGAACGAAUGCGAUCGUUAUCAAACCGGCAACCGACGUACCGAGGCCCACCUCCUGUCAAUUUGUUGGAGAAACAGUAUCAGCUUAUAACCCGAUCGUGUGUGGAACCUAGUGUAUGCGCACGAGCAGCCCACAACGCCGAGAAGAAUAGACCUGGCGGCUUUCUUCCUUCUGAUUCGGCUAGAGUUAUGCUCGUGCCAAAACCUGGGGUUGAAGGCAGCGACUACGUGAAUGCAUCGUGGGUUUGCGGCAGACGACGCAUGCGGGAGUACGCAGUGGCCCAACAUCCCGGGCUCGGCGGAGAGCUUUGGCGGCUUCUGUGGGACCACACCGGCCAGCUGGUGUUGAUGCUGCCCGAUGAAAAUGCCUCGGACUGUGAAGUGUUUUGGCCGACCGAAGAUGAUAGAGAAUUGUUCAUCGCUAACUUCCGAGCCAGUUUUGUGUCCAAGGAGACGUACGUGGCGCACCGACGGACAGAGAAAAAGGCAGAAACGCCGGCGGAACCGGAGAUCAAUGGAUACCGGAGGCAGGAAGGGUCGGAAUGCGCGGACGACGAACGAUUAAUCCCGGAGAAUUCACCGAUACAAGAGGGAGAACACCGCUACGACAGAGCCGAAUUACGCCUCGACUCGCUCAACGGAAGCCGAGAUCUAUCCGCAAGAAAGUCAAUUGCCAAUGGAGAUCUGUUCUCGUCGUUAGCGGAAAAGAAAAACGGGCCAAAAUCUCCUCGCAGCCCUUCAAAAAUGUCCCUAAAGAACUUUAAGUUGAGCUCCCCGACUAAGUUUAAGUUUCCCGAAUGGGGGGCGAGAGCCGGCUCUCCUCCCGACGAAGCCCCUCCUCCUCCUCCGAUUCAGCCCUCCCUGACGGUCCAAGAGGAGAUGGAACUCCACAGGCCGCUGUACUACUUCGAAAGAACGGAAAACACCAGUCAUGUGCCAUCGGACAGAGUGAUAGAAGUGACUAAUGUUAGUGUGCACUCGUUGCAGGACGAUUAUCAACUCAGUGUGAAGUUUAUUAAGUGUUGUGGUUGGUUAAGUGGUGAUACGACGGACUACAGUGUUAACGCCCCGGACGAUAACGAAUACGUGCGCGGAGUGAGAGAGACGGGCGGGAGCGAAAGGGAGGGAGCGUUGGAUAGGUUGAUAGAGCCUUACAAGGAUUCCUUCGGGUUGAUCGAAUUCGUGGCCGGAUGCCAGAUGGAGUAUAAGAAUGGUCCCGUUAUUGUUGUCGACAAGUUCGGGGGUUGGCGGGCGUUAAGCUUUUGCGCUCUAAGUGCAGCCGGUGGCGGCGCUCGGAAUCCAAAUAUACACGAACCGGGGGCAGAACACGCGACUCCUUGCUCGUCUGCCGAUCUGUACUGUGCGUGUGCGCUUCAAGCGCACGCACGAUGCGUACAUCAUCACACGUAUACGUCUACGUCCGCGCCCUUACCGCCGAGCGCGUUGCUGGCGUGCUAUUGCGCGCUGGCUGCGUAUACGCCCGGAUUGCGCGAUCGUAAUAGCUGAACCGGGUGGUGGUCGCAAGUGGACGGUAGUGUACAUUGAAUACUCAGCGCGUUGUGUGAUCCAGCGAAGUAUUAUUUGACCAAACGUUGGUUAAGAUUAGGUUUUACGUUUUCAACGCGACGCUCAAAUGUUUGAACCGAUGUUGGUCUCCAGUUUAUGUUGGUGCUAAAGUUUUAGUUUAUUUAGGAUGUGUAUUGGAGCUUUUCAGAUUCAGUAGUUUGCGUAUUGGCUUGGAUUUGUACUAACAUUGGUUCAUCGGUGGUUGGUGGAGUUUGUUAUGUCCGACUAAAUCUAAAUUUGCCGUUUCGAAAACGACUCAAAAGUAACUCUGUUCUCUUUGAUCUUGCGUCGAGGUAACAUUUUGGGACGAGUUUGGGACAGUUUCUGUUAUUGGAGCAUGACCACUUAAAAAGCUGCUUCUAGCAAUCAUUAUACUCUUAAAUACUCACUGGAGUAACUUGGCUGACAGGUUUAUAAGCUUGUUUACUUGUUCUAUACGAGGUCGAUCGAUCAAAUGUAAAAUUAAGAAUUAUGAAUAUUCCAUAAGGAUAAAUGUUUAUGAAUGCUUCAUUGAUGUAAUGGGUAUAUGGAAAGUUAUUUAGUGCGGCUGAUGUCUACUCAAAUAUUUCCGAUUUUCUAUUGGAUUUUUCGGUAUUAUAUCAAAUUUAAAGGCUAUGAAAUGUACAGGCUGUUUAGGCUUAACCCGCCUGUGUAUAGUUUUAAGGGUAUAUUGAUGAAGGCUUCUAUGUGUUGAUUGAUUAAGAGUAGCGUAUCUGGUAAAUAAGAACUUGAAUUCACAUCCGAUAUCAUGGAUAUUUAAUGAUAAAUCUUUUAACGACUUUUUAUAAAGACUGAAAUUUGUUUAACAGCGAAAUCAUUUGGGAGAAACUUCUCUAAUUACAUACAAGCUGUCUCAUUUGCUCAGUUAUACAAAUAAGGACAACAUCAGACAACGAGCUUUUGUUUUACGUCUGUUGUUUUUAAUCAAAUAAAGAAUUACGCCUUUGAUUAAAAUAUUUAACUUAUAUAUUGUAUCGGAUGAUUUCUGAAGUUCUUCUUUACAAAAUUAGAUUCGAAGGGAUAACUCCUCCUAUUAAAUGUAUGGUCCACUAUUUGUUGAUGUUAGUAUUGUAUAGUUUGUCAAUUACGCUAAAAAUUUUACAUUGAUGCCGGAUUCUACAUACCGCGAGAAUAAGUUUAUGAAUUCAGUAAAAAUUCCAACUAAAAUGUAAUUAAAUGACUCAAGAUAAUGUAUUAGUCUUUAACUCGUAAUUUAUUCGGAUUUGAAUUGAUUCGGAAACUGUAUUUUUGUGAUAAAACUUGAUAACUGUCAUUCAACCGGAUGACGUGACACUAGCAAACUGUAUAGACUUGACAAUUGACAGUCACUUUGAAUAAUUUCCCAGUAUAUUCUGUAUAUAUAAUAUAUUAUUAUAUAAUAUGUUUACUAUCACACAAUGUAAUAUAUAGCAUUUUUUACUCAAUAUUUAAAUAGGUGUAUUGAUCAAUGUGAUGUAUAAAUUAUAUCACAAACACAAAGUAUCACAAGGCAAUGUAACUGUAUAAAUGAGUCGGGAACUUUUGUUUUCUAUACGAAAAAUUUAGAAUAAUUACAGAUAGAAAAUAGUAACAAUUUAGUUCCUAGGCUUCUUAAAGAGAUAUAGAAAAAUCCGUAAAAGUCAAGAUAUGCCUAAUACUCAGUAGGAUUAGAUAAAGUGAGAAAUUGUUCAAGUGACUAGUUAUUUCGUAAAACUGCUGACUGUUACUUGUAAAGUGUAUAUUAAUUUUGAAGCACAAAGUAUUUAUAGGAUCAUUUCAUAUCAGGUUCAUUUGCUGGGGAGCUUAACCAGUAUCGAUGUUGUCAAAAUAAAAACUCGGCUUUAUUAAAAAAAAUAUUUAAUACGAUAAUUUUUACAUUUUGUUUGUCGUUUAAUCAUUAUAUCUGAAACUACUGAACGAAAGAAGUAACUAAACUUUUUUCUUCAUUAUUUUUCGUUAUAAUUUCGCAGUGUAUGGUCUUUAUUUUGACAACUUUGGACAUACGUUUAGCGAAAGGAAGGUUCGAAAGCUCGUAUGUGCCAUUUUAAGCUUAGUACCUAUGUAGUUAGUAUUAAUUAUAUACCCUGUAUACAAUAUACCUUGCUUAGUUUAAUUUUUAUAUACCUUUUUUAUACGGUAUGACAUCUUGUCCUUUUAACUUAAAAACUCAGCAAUUAAUCUGAUUUCGGUUAAACCGCAUGUUGACGAAUAAUUCGUAGAUAAAUUUAGCGUGAUCAGCUAUUGUAAGUGGUGAUUAUAAAAUCAACUAAUUAACAAGUAAUGUGUCAUUUACUGUGACUUAUAAAAAAUAUUUCUUUCGAUGUUCCUUAAAAUUAAUAAGUUAAUUGGCGGUCCCUUAUAUAUUUGAAACGUCAGUCUUUUUGCAUCACUUAUGUAUUAUUAUUUACUUGAAUACAAUAGACAUUCCGUAACAUAGACAUUUUACCUGACCUGCUAACCAUAAAAGCCAGUAUUUUUAUAAAUGCUUGUAUUUUUAAAUAGAUUCCUUUUUAGUGUUUUAAAUUUUUCCUAGUUUUAUGUGUAUACUUUUUCUGCACUGAUAAAUAAUAUAAUUUGUAAUAAAUAAAAGUUAAACCCGUAAACGUAUAAGUACCAUAUGCAAUAUUUAUAAUAGUUUUUCCAAACACAUAUUCGAUUUUUUUUUCGUUUAGGUUGACUCUAAGACUAAACCGAGUUGGGUAUUGAGGUUUUUGUAUUGAAGCACAAUUUUUCUUAUAGGUAAAAUUACGUAUUGCAUUUCGAAAUACCAACGAUAAUUAAACGUUAAUAUAUAUUAAAAAAAACUUAUGCGUUUUUUACAAUAGUGUAGAUAGAAAUAGUUUAAAACGAUAAAGUUGAUCAAUUUUAAUUAAUCUAUAGUCAAGGAAAAGUAUAGCAAUGUAAAAGUAUACUUACGCAAGGAGCUUCAACUUCAACUUUUGCUUGAUUGUUGAAUGAAAAAUUCUCUAGUACUCUGACCAUGAUAUUACUUUAUUUAAAAAUCAUUCAUUACUUAGGUUUGAUUACGAAAUUUAGAAUUGACAAUAUGUUAAUAGUUGCCAAUUGCACAGAUUAUAAUGAAUGAUGAAGUUGACCUUUAACUAAUCAAUACGUUUUAUUUAUUAAGUAUUUAAGAAUAUCACGACUUUACUAAUAAUUUAGACACAAUAUAUUUUAAGUAGUUUACUCAUUUUUCUACUUUUUUAUUUUUACACAAGGCUGACUCCAUAUAGUGCAAUAUAAAAUAAGCUUAUACAGUUUUGUUCUACAUGUUUAUUGUAUACGGAAUUUCUUGUAAUGAGAGGUUUCUGGUAAUACUAUUUGUUACACAAGAUGGCGGCGGUUGAUAUGCGCGCCAAAACAUCUGUCAAAAAGUUGCAAGUGUUUAGUAGAUAUUUUCUGAAAGCUCUUAUUACAUUUAACUACAUAAAGCAGUGUUCUUUGUUAGUAGGAAGACCUUAUUAAAAAGUUAAGGGGAAACUAUCGCGUCGAAAUUAAUUAACGUGCAAGAAAACAAAACGGAAAAGUUUCACAACUAAGAUUUCAAGAUUUUCGUUAUACGCGAUAGUUUUUGUUUGUUAAAAUCUAAACGACGCUUGCUAGUGAUCAAACACAUUUAUUGGUCUAACCUAGUAACCCCCAUUUUUAAUUCUGUUCUAAAAAUAUUUAAUUACUUAAAAUCAUUAGAAGUGUUUCCUGACUUGAUAAAUAUACUUAGGUGGAACGCACGUAGUUUUUAAUUUGUAACUCCAUGUACAGUUUAGUAUUAUCCUAGAAAUGUUUAAAAGUUUUGUACAUCACAUUCGACUAUUUAAAUCGUGUGAAGACUAUUUAUUUUAUGUAACCGCCUCUAUUAUUUGAAAUGUAAAAAUAUAUUAAAACUAAGAAUUUG